AUGGACGCCAAAUCACUCUUGAGAGCUAAAAAGGCUGAAGCUCGGAUAACUCAUCCUUACGCUACUUACACUGCAGCUGGUGUAAUGAGAUGUUCAAUAUGUGCCGUACCCGUCAAACAAUGGGAUGCUCAUUUAUUGACGAAACAACAUCGUACUUCUGUCGCUCGUGAAAAAUCAGGAAAAGAAAGAGAAAAAGAAAAAGAAAAUUCACUUCUUGCCCAAAAACAUAAACAAUCAAAGAGAUCAGCACCUACACCCUUACCAGAAUCAAGUUUCCCAGAAUCAUCCUCAUCUUCCUCAAAAAGAGCCAGAGUAUCUCGACCCGAUGAAGAGGAAAAUGGAGAACCAAGUGGAUUACCUGCUGGUUUCUUCUCAAACAAAAGGCAAUCGCGGUCACCUUCAGUUUCAGUUUCACCUGAUGGAGAAGCAGAAGCUGGACCUUCAAGUACAUCACUAUAUCAAGAUAAUGCUAAACCUACGGGAGAUUCAGAGCUAGACGACUUUCUGUCUUCCCUGAAUGAAGAUGAUCCGACUUCAACUGCAACUUCCAUACCCACCGCAUCUACUCAAGCGUCCACAUCAGCGAAUCAAGGUAACAGGAGGAAAACGUAUAAAGAAGUCAUACCUGGACAAGCUACGUACGAAGCUGCACCUAUCAAGAUCACACCGGUAGAUCAGACUCAAGAUCAAAUAGUAGAGGAAGAACCAGAAGAGAGUGAACAAGAAAAGAAAGAAAGAUUGGAAAAGGAAGAAAGGGAAGAAAUCGUGAAAAGGCUAGAGGAUGAAGAAAGGGCACAGGAAGACGCAGAUUCCCGUGUCGCUUCUUUGAAAGCUAGAAUGGAGAUGCUCAAAAAGCGUAGAGAGGCAAAAAGUGGUGGUGGUAAAACAAAAUCAACUGUAACUACGAAUGGUGCAUAA